UGCCAGACAAGGGUAUUUUGUUUUAUGAAGAAUGCCCAUCAGAGUAUGAGAUUGAAAAGCCUAUACUUCUACCAUUGAAAUCUCCAACGCAAGUUCGUUUUGAACAAUUACAACACGAAGCUGUGCAAAUGUGGAAAGAAAAACAAAAACUAAUUAAGAAAAACUAACAUAUGUGUCUUAUUUUUUAACGUAAACUUAAAACAACUUAAGUAAAAUGGCUUAUACAUUGUUUGUGAUUGAAAUUAUAUCGGCGUUCAUAUUAGCUGCUACACUAUUAUACAGAUAUGGAGACUGCUAUAGAAAUCACAUAUUAGUGACUGUGUCUGUUUUAACAGCAUGGUACUUCUCAUUUGUUAUUAUGUUCAUUUUACCUCUGGAUGUAUCAUCGACUUUUUAUCGGCAAUGCCUAGAUAACUCGACACAUAUAACAACUGCAACACCAGAUAUUGCUAUACCAAGUACAGCAGCACCACCAGAGAAACAUUGCCAAGAACCAUGGAGUUUUGUACCAGAUUCUGUAUUUCCUAAUCUGUGGCGAGUAGUUUACUGGACCUCACAAUGUUUGACAUGGCUUAUCAUGCCAAUGAUGCAGUCAUACAGUAAAGCCGGUGACUUCACUGUAAAGGGCAAACUCAAAUCUGCAUUAGUUGACAAUGCUAUAUACUAUGGUUCAUACUUAUUCAUAUGCGGUAUACUGCUUAUAUACAUAGCCUUGAAACCGGGAGUAUAUUUAGAUGGACCAAAGAUCAAAGCUAUCGCAUCAUCAGCCAGUAACACCUGGGGACUGUUUCUCCUGAUUUUACUUCUUGGCUAUUCCCUUGUUGAAGUACCGAGAAACUUAUGGAAUAACUCAAAGAAGAAUUAUACUUUAACUUACACUUACUUUAAGAUUGCUAAGUUGAGUACAGAUAAAUGUGAAGCGGAAGAAACUGUUGAGGAAAUUUUAGAGAGCCUAAACUCCAUCACUGCAGCAGUAGGCCCCGGUCACCCCCUCCACCGGCACGUAGAAACAAUAGUGCAGAAGCUACCCAUCCAAUUACGUGACAAGCUUAACUCUCGAGCACCACCUGAAAGACCUUCGCCACCUUCUCUUAAGUCACUCGUUAACUUGCAUAAGAAAACUAUUAAGUCUCUGCACGUACUGCAACGCACGGAGACGCAGUGGGGCCUGAUGCUGGAGCGCAUAUUCCACCUGGAGGACGUGUCGUCCAACUGCCGCUCGCCCGACCAGCGCUUCCAGCACACCUUCCACACGCCGAGACCCAGGAUACAGCGGCUGCUCUAUCCGCCUAUUUUAGAAUGGUACUGGGAGUGCUUCUUCAGGCAAUAUUUCCUGAAAGCAAUGGCCGUUGUGACGUGCAUCAUGUCGGUGGCUGUCGUGUGGUCCGAGGUCACGUUCUUCAGCAAGAAGCCCGUGCUGUCCAUAUUCGCUAAUAUAGUCAUUACUGCAAAUAAACACUACAAUUAUACUGCUAUUGUGACAAUAUCAACAUUAAUCAUCGGCUACAUGUUCUACUGCGCGUACUCGACGGUGCUGAAGAUUCGCCUGCUGAACCUGUACUACCUCGCCCCCCACCACCAGACCAACGAGUACAGCCUCAUCUUCUCCGGCAUGAUGGUCUGCCGGCUGACGCCCGCUAUGUGUCUCAACUUCCUCAGCUUGGUGCACAUGGACUCGCACGUUAUCAAAGAGAGGGUCAUGGAGACAUAUUACACUCAGAUAAUGGGUCACAUGGACGUCUUAGGGAUCAUCGCUGAGGGAUUCAACAUAUAUUUCCCCAUGCUGGUGGUUCUGCUGUGCCUCGCCACCUACCUCUCUCUGGGCAGUCGGUUACUGUCGCUGUGCGGCUUCCAGCAGUUCGUGGGUGACGACGAGCUCACUACCGACCUCGUUGAUGAAGGAAGGGAGAUUGUUAAGCGAGAAAAACGCAAACGCCAACGGGCUGAAGAAUCGAUAGCACGCAGCCGCGAGUACAACGAACGCUUCUCCAGCUACAGAUCUGCGAGGGACAACCGAGACGGAGCCCGCACCGGGCUGCUCAACGACGUGGACUCAGACUACUACGUGACGCCGAGCCCCGAGACGCAGCGCGGCGGCGGCUACCAGCGCGCCGAGCCCGACGGCGCCCUCGCCGACCUCGAGCGGCGCCUCGGCGACGGCGCGCUGCCCGCCGUGCGCACCGAGCUGGACGGCCGGCGCCGCGACAACAUGACCCUGCCGCCCCGCGGCCUGUUCGACGACGUGUAGCGGCCCGGCCGACGGCAGGCAGCACCGGGGGCGAUAGACGUGGUCUAUGUACAGACGCUAAAUAAGGGACCGGGAGAUCAGAAAAUUACGUAUAAUAACGACCACCCAUCUUAAUCAUAAAAAUCGUCUCGCUCGUUGUUAGAAUUAAAAUAAUUGUGAACUAGAAAUUCAAGUAACAGACAAAUCUAAACCUAAGUGUAAAAAAUGACCAUUGAAAGAGGACUAGUAAGUUUCAGCCGCCUCUUGAUAUAAUUUUUUCAUCUCAAUCCUUCUUUCUGGAAACUAAUGGAGGAUAACUUUUAUCGACUUUUUUCUGACAACCAUACAUCACUAGUAGUAGUAGUGUGCAAUGUUACGUUUCGCACGAGGUAACAUUGUUUCCGAUAUACUUUUAAUACUUUAGUACAUUUACUAGGAACGGUCCUCAACCAUUUUGUGAAGGUAUAAUUACUCGGAUGAGAAUGUAUUAUUUAUAUAUAUGUUUAUUGUUCGUAAUUAAUAUAAUUAUAUUGUGACACGUAUUAUUAGAUUG